AUUAUUUACAAAAAUAAAAUGUUAAGACGAUCGCUUUAUUUUGGAUUAAGAUCUCGUCAAGUUUUUCGUCUUUUAGCAAACAAGAAUUAUUUAAAUAUUUUGCCUAAUAUUCAAAGAAGUUAUGCUUCUGUUGGGGCUGCAAAGAAGUUUGAGUUUCAGGCUGAAAUCGAUAGUCUUUUGGAUAUUGUUGCGAAAUCUUUGUAUUCAGAUCAAGAGGUUUUCAUAAGAGAAUUAAUUGCUAAUGCUUCUGAUGCCUUGGAAAAGCGCAGAUAUCUUGAAAUGGGCGAUAAAGCCGGUCCUGUUCAAGAAAUUCCCUUCGAGAUACGAAUUGAUUGUGAUGUUAAAAAUCGAAAAUUAGUUUUUACUGAUACAGGUAUUGGAAUGAGUGAAGAGGAAUUGGUUGGAUUAUUGGGUACUAUAGCAAAGUCUGGUUCAAAAUCUUUCCGGUCUGAGGAGGAAAAAGCGGAAUCACUUAUAGGUCAAUUUGGUGUUGGUUUCUAUUCAGCAUUUGUUGUCAGAAAAGUUGACGAACCAACAGGACAUGUUUGGACCUGGUCUGGUGGAAAGCAAUUCGAAGUUGAGGAAGAUUCAACAACCCAAAUCGGAACAAAAAUCGAAUUGUGGUUAAAGGAUUCUGAAGCUGCUAAAUUUGUCCAAGCAGAAAAAGUUGCUGAUGUUAUUAACAAAUAUUCAUAUUUUAUCUCUGUUCCAAUCUUUUUGAAUGGGGAGAGAAUUAAUGUUAUGUCCGCCCUUUGGAUGAUGAAACCAAGCGAAACAACACAGGAAAUGCAUGAUACAUUAUUCAAGCAUUUAGUUACAACACACCAUCCUCAUUUAAAAGAUGAUCGUCCUCAAUAUACCUUUCAAUAUCAAACAGAUUUUCCAAUAAAUAUUCGAGCACUUUUUUAUGUUCCUUCAAAAAAAGUUUCUCAAUUUGAAUUUUCUGCUGAUUCUCAACAUGAGACAGGCAUUUCUUUGUACAAUCAAAGAGUUCUUAUAAAACCAAAUGCCAAAGAAUUGUUGCCUCGUUUUUUGAGAUUUUUAAUUGGAGUAGUCGAUUCUGAGGAUAUUCCUUUAAAUUUGUCUAGAGAAAUGCUUCAAAUGGAUCUAAUUAUUGAAAAAAUAAGAAAUAUACUCAAAGACCGUUGUAUUCAUUUUCUUGUUGAACAACUCAAAAAGGACAGAAUUAAAUAUACGGAAUUUUAUAAGGGUUAUUCAUUAUUUCUUAAAGAAGGAAUUUUGACUGAUCAGUCAAAUCAAACAAAGGAAGAUAUUGCCCAACUUUUGUUGUUUGAAUCAUCUAAUACACGUUCUGGCACUUCAACUUCCUUAUCAGAAUAUGUUGAGAGAAUGCAAACUGAUCAAAAAUGUAUUUAUUAUCUUUAUGCUCCAAGUCGUCAAUUGGCCGAGACUUCUCCAUAUUAUGAAAUGUUUGAUAAAAGAUUUGAAGUUCUUUUCCUUACUGACCCAGCAGAUGAACUUGUUUUCCUUGCAAUGCCUCAAUUUCAUAUGAAACAAAUUCUAUCAGUCGAGCAAUGGGUUAAAGAUGAGGGAGUAUCGAAGGAUGAAAGCAAAGAAGUUACAAGAGAUCCAGUUAAAAAAGAAUUUCUUACUUGGCUGAAAGAUUCACUCGGUUCAGUACGUGUUAGUGAUGUUAAACCAAACACAAGUCAAUCAGAGCAUCCUUUUAUGGUUUUUUUGAAUUUUUAA